AUAACGGGACAUUUAUUUUCAUUUUAUAUAUAGUUUCUUCUUGUCCAAUAAUAAUAUAAGUACUUAGGCAUUUGAAACAGAUUUGUAUAACAGUAGUGUCUGCUUUGAAAUAGACUUGAUAAUACUCAAAAAUGUGCUAGUUCUGUGAUGAUCAAAGUACUGUAGACCUUGUACUGAAUAUUAAUUUUAAAAAAUUUAUUAAUAUGAGAAAAGAAAUUAUUUUCUGUAGCAUAUUUUUGCUAUUAUACGUGGAUGCAGCUAAUGAUGCAAAAUCAAAUAAACAAAAAUCAUGGAAGGACAAAGAUAUACGAGACAUGACCGAUGCUGAUUUGGAACACCUGUUAGAUCAAUGGGAGGAAAAUGAUGAACCAUUGGAACCCGAUGAAUUACCAGAACAUCUUAGACCUAGCCCAAAAAUUGAUAUAUCAAAGCUUGAUAUGUCUAAUCCUGAUAAUGUAUUGAAAAUGACAAAAAAAGGUAAAGGUGUUAUGAUGUUUGUUGAUACUAAUGAAGAUAUUUCAGUGGAACAAGCUGAUGUAAUAAUGAAGAUCUGGCAAAGUAGCCUUCAAAAUAACCACAUUAUUGCGGAAAGGUAUCCAAUUGAUAAAAAAAGAUCUAUCUUCUUAUUUCGCGAAGGUUCACAAGCUAUAGAUGCCAAAAAUUUUUUAUUGCAACAACCAGAACUGUCUCAUGUUACCCUUGAAGGGCAAACCUAUUAUAGAGAUCCAAAGAAACAGAAUGUAAAUAUGGCAAACAUUAAUAAAGUAAGUAAGCCUGAGGAUGAGGGAAAGAAAAGACAAGAAUUGUAAUUUUUUACUGUGUAUAUUCUUUAAAGAUACUAAAUAUUUUCGGUUUGUAUAUAUAUACAUAUCUUGAUAAUCAAAUAUAUAUAUUAUAAUUUUGUA